AUGGUCAGCAUUGCCUCCAACUCGAAACCCGUCGAAACCAAGGAAGAACAGCAGCCGUCUGUUACGACCAACAACUUCGACGAUACCAACAAACACGCAGACAAACCCAAAGAAAAACAAACCGUUCCUGCACCCAUUCCAAAAGUGAAUCCAUGGCAAGUCAAGAAAUCAGAAACGACCACCGAGCAAGCCGCAGACAAAUCCACCGAGAAACAAGAUCAAUCCACAGAUGUGAGCUCGUGGCCCGCACCGAGUGAGACCCCCAAGGAAGAGGAAGUCGCUGAAAAGAAAACAGAAAAGUUCAUUGCACCCAAAGGUAAAGGUAAAGGCCAAUGGAAGCCUUAUACCCCCACCAUUGUCCAUGCCACUCCCACCCCUGGUUCCGGUCGUGCACGUGGCACCCGCAGUCGCAACGCGAAUGACUCGCGCAAAGACAGAAAACCUCGCCGCAGCAGCCAUUCCGGAGCGUCACACCGAACCAAGGAAUCCAAGCCUGCCACGGCCCCCGAAAAUCACACCGAAGACAAAAAAAAUCUCGCCAAUGGCGUCAAGCCGGCCGAAUCUUCCGCUGCCGAUGCCCCCGCUUCAUCAUCACAUCACACCAGUCGAGGCGGUUUCCGUGGCCGUGGUCGUGGCCGUGGAGGUUUCCACGGUAGUCGUCAUGUCAAUGGUAACAUGUUCCCCAUGAACCGAGCCCGUCCCGUUUUUGUCAACGUCGACGCUGAAACCCUAAAAACCUAUAUCGUACAACAAAUUGAAUAUUAUUUCAGUAUUGAUAACCUUUGCAAGGAUAUCUUUUUGCGUAGUCAAAUGGAUUCCCAAGGUUACGUUAACCUUGAUCUGCUCGCCAACUUUAACCGAGUCAAGGGUCUUACGACGGAUAUGGAUUUGAUCCGCGAGGCUUUGAAACAGAGUGAAUUGUUGGAUUUGACGAGUGAGGAUAAAUUGCGCCGAAAAGAAGGUUGGGAAACCUGGGUGUUGCCUACUACCAACACGACCAACACCACCAAUGCUACCACCGGCACUGCGGCUGCCCCCGAGUCAUCGGCUCCCAACAAGUCUUCUUCGCCGGCACCCCAUGAAACUGUUGCUGAUGUGGUCAAGCACAAUAUUCCUGCCAACCCUCCUCAGCCUACGCUCAAGUCCUUGGCUGGUACUGCCAACCUUCCUUCCGGUACUCCCGCCGUCAAGAAGCCUUCCAACAACAAUGAACGACGUGGUUCUCAAAUGGACGAAUUGAAUGAAGACGAUAUGUUUGACUUUGACGAUGACUGGACUGAUGGCAGCCGAGCCAACACCGUGAAGAAAUACUAUCUCUCGGAUGACGAUUCCGACUUUGAAGAUGAUGAUCACGAAAUCGAUGACGAUAUGGUGGCUCGUAUCAUGAUUGUUACUCAGCGUAAGCGAGACAAGUCGCACAUCUCGUAUGAUCGCGCCAAGAUGAACGACGAAAUCUCGGAAAUGAUCAAUGAAGGCUUGUACCAGUACGAGACCGGUCUUGGUGGUCAUAAGACCGUGACCAAAAAGAUUGGUACCGCCGAUCAGGAUCACUUUGCUCAACUGAGCGCCAGUGCGAAACAGAGAGAAAGUGGUGAACUUGUUGGCAGCAAUUUCUCUAGCAAGACCAUUUCCGCCAAACCUAUCAAGAAUGAUAAGAAUGCUCCUCGCUUCUACCCUGUUCGUCCCGAAUCACUUCCAAGCAGUGCUUUCUAUGGUUCUACUCCUCGUUCAGCAAAUAAGAAGGAUGCCCAUGAUCAAGGCCACGUUGGUUGGGUUUUGAGCGAUCAAGCUUACCAUUAUAACCCCAACGAUCUGUUGUCGACGAGCUAUGGCAAGUCGCCUUCUCAGAGCAUGUUGUCGACCUCGGUGGAUAUGGCCCACUCGUUUGGCAACUUCCAACAUCCCAGCCACGAAUUACUGCGUGAAAACGGCUUUGUGCAAAACCGAUACUACAAAUAUCAUGCCAAGGCAUUGAAGGAACGUAAGCAAUUGGGUGUGGGUCAAUCACAAGAAAUGAACACCUUGUUCCGAUUCUGGUCCCACUUCUUGCGUGAUCACUACAACAAGCGUAUGUACAACGAAUUCAAACGCUUAGCGGUGGAGGAUGCCAAUCAGAACUACCGUUAUGGUUUGGAAUGUCUUUUCCGAUUCUACUCGUAUGGUCUCGAGAAGCGUUUCUACAAGGAGAUCUUUGAAGAUUUCCAGCAAUUGACUCAGGCGGACUAUGAUAACGGUUACCUGUAUGGUCUGGAAAAAUUCUGGGCAUACUUGUAUUACCGCAAGGACAAGGCAAAGAGAGAAAUCAAGGUGACCGAUUCUUUGAAUGCGUUAUUGAGCCAGUUCAAGUCGGCCAAGGAUUUCAGAAAUGCCAAAGCACCCAACAAACCUGAAAGCGGUUCUUACAAAGUACCACACCAUGGUGUAAGUCUAAUUGGAGGCGACGAAAGAUAA